AUGGGUAUAACAGGACUGCUCCCAUUCCUCUCCAACAUCCACAAGAAAGUGCACGUAGGUCAGUAUGCUGGGCGGUGUGUGGCUGUUGAUACCUCCUGCUGGUUACAUCGCGGUGCUUUCUCCUGUGCUUUCGAGCUUGCUACAGGACAACCCACGACAAGGUAUGUGAACUACAUAGCGAAGCGUAUAAAACUACUGCUCUAUAACAAAGUCUACCCUGUGAUGGUGUUUGAUGGUUGUAACACUCCCUCCAAGAAGAAUACCAAUGAAAAGAGAAGGGAUGUCAGACAUGCUAAUAGAGAGAAAGGAAAGAAGUUGCUUGCGGAGGGAAACAAGAGUGGGGCAGUGGACAUGUUCCAAAAAGCUAUCAGCAUCACCAACGAUAUGGUUGUUGAGGUGAUAAAGGAAUGUAGCGCGAUGAAUGUCCCUGUUAUUGUAGCACCGUAUGAAGCCGAUGCUCAGAUUACUUAUCUCGUUAAAUCUGGGGUGGUUGAUUUCGCUAUUACAGAGGAUUCCGAUCUUUUACCGUUCGGCUGCCAGAAAGUCCUCUUUAAGAUGGACGAGCAAGGGUACGGUAUUGAGAUAGACUUGUCCGACCUGGGCAAGUCAACUGAUGAACCUAGAUUCGAUGGAUGGUCUAUCGAGAAGUUCAGCGGCCCAAACAAAAAGACUGUUGUAUCUGAGUCCACAACAAAAGCCAAGGAGGGCUCGAGCAAGAAGAAGAGCUGUAAAGUUUGCAACUAUGCCAAGGAUAACUAA